UACGAAAUGUAUAUUAUGUGUGAAUGUAUAUAUGUAUAUAUGUAUGUACGCACAAUAUAUGUAUACAUAUGAGUAAGUAAGUGAGCUUGUGUGCGCUACUGAGGCAAUCAAGUAGAGCUUUAAUGCAAACAAGGGAACCAGAAGAAUAGCAACAAUGAAAAAAAACCAAAAGUGUUGAGGCAAACAAGUGAAACAUGGAGAGAAAAGAUAACAGAAUGUAGGAGCUUUUUUAUUUUUAAAUCAUAUGUGUGGCUUCAUCGUCUCUGCCAUCAUUAUCGUUGUUGUUGUCGUUGUCGUCGUCGUCGUCGUCGGUGUGGCGCUCUCUCGGUAUCGCUCUUGUCUCUUUCUUUUUGCGCAGAAUGUAGUAUACGUGCGCGGGUGCGACUAACGGCUGUAGAUUUCAAAACACAUGUACAUACAUAUUUACACUAAACUUUAAAAUCUACAAUAGAUCAAUGUAUGAGUGUAUGUAAAUGCUUACAUCAAUGAUUUAAAGUGCGAUACUCGUUGAACAAUAAUACAUGUGGUUAUUUCGUACAUACAUUACACUUGCACUAAAGUCAAAUUGGGACUUGCAAUGACAAAUACAGCGGCAUCAAUAUUACAAAUAUUUAAAGCAUGGAAUGCUUAGUCUUGUGCUUAUAAAAGCGGCAACGUAAUUUACAUGAUUUACUUGUUGUUUGUGUAUACAUGCAUAUUAUGCAUGCAUUGUGUUUGUGUGUGUGUUAAUUUCCAUUUGUUGUGCUUUUAAUACUCUAAUAGAAUUAAACAAGCUCUGGUUGCAAUAAAAAGCAACAAAGAUAAAUCAGCUGGUUGACUGUGAUUGUAUUAAAGAUUUUUAUACACACAGACGGGCAGACUUUACAUACAUUUGUACUAUGGAUGAAAAAUCCAUGCAUUAACGUAUCUUAACUGCUCUUGAUUGGUUAAAACGCGGUAACAUGGGUCAAACAACGAGUCAUCGGCAAACCCAUUCUAGCAGCUUUUCAAAUAAUAAUCACAAUAAUAACAAUAAAAAUGAGGUCGCUACUACAAAUUUUGCGAAUCGACGUGCGUCUGCGCGCAAAUCUACUACAUCGAAACAUUACUCAACACUACUAAACCAGCAGCAGCAUCAAGAACCAACGAAAUUAAAAAAAGAUGAGCUCUCUAUAUUACGUGACUCCUUUCUGCGUAAUGGCAGCAUUAUGCGUAAAAAUAUGGUCGAUCCACAACGACGACCGAUUACCAUGAAUGAGCUGAAGUCGCAAGAAAAGACAAACGUACUCUUGUCAGCAGAGGACUCCAAUUCUGUGGCUGGCGGUGAAUCCGGCAGCACUAGUAAUUUAAUGAGCUUUCAGUUGCCUAUUGAUCGUACAACCAAAAGCGAAGAUGUAGCUGUGGAAUCGACCGUUGAGAACAAGAAUGAAUUUUAUAUUGUGGGUGAUGGCUAUCAUAAAACGGAUUAUUGUCAUUAUCGUAGUCCCAAUGGAAAUUACCAUAAGCUUCCCACGGAUUCAUUUCACAAAAUGUCCGAAGGCUGUUUUGUACGUCUGCCGGAUGGGUCGUUUCAGCGUCUCGAGUUACCUUCUAAAGCACAGCAAUUGUCACGUCGUUCCUCGAAAGUUGAUGAGAUUGGUGGCACGGAUAGUAGCGACCAUGCAACUGGUGCGAAUAAUAUGAAACGACAGCUAAUGAAGUUUUUGAAAAGAUCCAAAAGCCAUACACCUGCCACUCUUGCCAAACUGCAAAAAGAGAAAGAGGAGGCACGCCUCGAAAGAAAACAACGUUUAUCAAAUGUGAUGCAUCAUAAAACGCCAGACCUCAAAACGUCACAAACAACGGGUGGCAAGCCAAGCACGCAUAGCAACAAAAUCGUUGUUACUAUGAUAGAAAAUGGUGGCUUACCGAUUGUAGCCACCAGCAAAGCCGAGCGGCCCAGGCAUAAGGAUAUAAGUGCCACCAUCAAUUCUGAGAAGGCGCGUACUUCAAGGGGCUCACCAAAUUUGCAAAUGCGUGGGAGUGCUCCCAUGCGAUGGCGGGCAACUGAGGAGCAUAUAGGCAAGUAUAAGCUGAUCAAGACCAUUGGUAAGGGAAAUUUUGCCAAAGUAAAGCUGGCUAAGCAUCUGCCCACUGGCAAGGAGGUGGCUAUUAAGAUUAUUGACAAAACACAGCUGAAUCCUGGGUCACUACAAAAGCUCUUUAGAGAAGUUAGAAUUAUGAAAAUGCUGGAUCACCCGAAUAUAGUGAAGCUCUUUCAAGUGAUCGAGACGGAGAAGACGCUGUAUCUCAUUAUGGAAUAUGCAUCAGGUGGUGAAGUUUUUGAUUAUCUGGUGCUCCAUGGUCGCAUGAAGGAGAAGGAGGCGCGUGUUAAAUUUCGUCAAAUUGUUUCGGCUGUGCAAUAUUGUCAUCAAAAGAGAAUUAUUCACAGGGACUUAAAAGCUGAAAACUUAUUAUUAGACAGCGAGUUAAAUAUUAAGAUAGCUGAUUUUGGGUUUUCAAACGAGUUUACGCCUGGCUCUAAGCUGGACACAUUUUGCGGCAGCCCACCGUAUGCUGCACCUGAGCUAUUCCAGGGGAAGAAAUAUGAUGGACCGGAAGUGGACGUUUGGUCGCUCGGCGUUAUACUAUAUACGCUAGUGAGCGGUUCCCUGCCUUUUGAUGGUUCCACAUUGCGUGAACUGCGCGAACGUGUACUCAGAGGCAAAUAUAGAAUUCCAUUCUAUAUGUCAACUGAUUGUGAAAAUUUGCUGCGCAAGUUUCUAGUACUAAAUCCCGCUAAGCGCGCUAGUCUUGAAACAAUUAUGAGCGAUAAAUGGAUGAAUAUGGGGUUUGAGGAAGACGAGCUUAAGCCAUAUAUUGAACCAAAACAAGAUUUAGCUGAUCCCAAGCGGAUAGGUAAGACGGAGGCACUAGUCGCCAUGGGAUAUAAUCGACAAGAGAUUGAGGUGUCGCUAACACAGGUGCGAUACGAUGAUGUCUUUGCCACAUAUUUGUUACUCGGCCGGAAGAGCUCUGACCCUGAGAGCGAUGGAUCACGCUCGGGCUCCUCGCUUUCAUUGCGUAACAUAUCUGGCAACGAAGCUGGAGCAAAUCCUGGCAGUACGGCCGUACAGAGCCCCACUCACCGUGGCGUGCAUAGAAGUAUAUCGGCGUCGAGUACUAAGCCUAGUCGUCGAGCCUCGUCUGGUGCGGAAACGUUACGUACAGGACCCACAAAUGUAGCCAAUCCUACCGCUGCGGCAGCGGCGACCGGUAUUGGUGCCGGUAAUCCAAGCAAUAAUUAUAAUGCUGUUGUCACAGCUGCCGACCGUUCAUCAGUUGGCAGUAACUUCAAGCGCCAAAAUACCAUCGACGCGGCCACAAUUAAGGAAAAUACGGCACGACUUGCAGCACAGAAUCAGAGACCGGCAUCGGCCACCCAAAAGAUGCUCACCACAACAGAUACAUCUCUGAAUAGUCCAGCGAAACCGCGCACAACCGCUAAAUACGAUCCCACUAAUGGAAAUCGGACAGUGAGUGGAACCAGCGGCAUUAUACCACGCCGUUCUACCACACUGUAUGAAAAGACUUCAUCGACGGAGAAAACCAAUGUUAUUCCUGCAGAGACAAACAGUGGAUCUGCAGCUACCGCUGGAAAGGGUCACACUAAAAGCGCGUCUGUCUCAAGUCCUAGACCCUCUACAGACGACUGCGUAUCAGUAUCAAAUGACCUUCUUGGAUCGAGAAUGGCAUCGGCUGUUAAAUCAAGCAGACACUUUCCAAGGAAUGUUCCGUCACGUUCAACCUUUCACUCUGGUCAAACCAGAGCACGGAACAAUACAGCGUUAGAAUACUCGGGAGCAAGUGGAGCUUCUGGAGAUUCACCGCAUCCGGGUCGCAUGAGCUUUUUUUCAAAACUUUCCUCACGUUUUAGCAAACGUACGAACACUACGGAAGAAGCAGCUAAGCCGCGAGUUUUACGUUUCACCUGGUCCAUGAAGACAACAUCCCCGUUAAUGCCCGAUCAGAUAAUGCAAAAGAUACGUGAAGUGCUUGAUCAAAAUAAUUGUGACUAUGAGCAGCGCGAACGAUUUGUGUUGUGGUGUGUACAUGGAGAUCCCAAUACAGAUUCAUUAGUACAGUGGGAAAUUGAGGUUUGUAAGCUACCCCGACUCUCUUUAAAUGGCGUACGCUUCAAACGUAUUUCUGGCACUAGCAUUGGAUUCAAGAACAUUGCGUCUCGCAUUGCUUUUGAUCUACGCCUGUGACUCAACAAAACAAUGAACGAGGCCAUUUCAGCCACCGCCAAUGACACAACCACCUUUACUGCCAACCCGCAUAUGACCAGAGGCAGCUGCAAGUUAUCCCGACAGAGUCAUCAGAGAUCGUUGCGACCUAGAAAAAAAGUUACGAAAAGUGAUAGACAACAAAAGCGCGU